AUGGCUCCAGUGAACCUCCCAGCCCCCGUGGAGGUCACUUAUAGAAACAUGAGGUUUCUGAUCACACACAAUCCAACCAAUACAACCUUACACAAAUUCAUAGAGGAACUGAAGAAGUACGGAGUCACUACUAUAGUACGAGUCUGUGAAGCAACUUAUGACACUGCUUUGGUGGAGAAAGAAGGCAUCCAGGUUCUGGAUUGGCCUUUUGAUGAUGGUUCGCCCCCUUCAAACCAGAUCGUCGACAACUGGUUAAGUCUGGUGAACAUGAAGUUUCGUAAAGAGCCCGGGUGCUGUAUUGCUGUGCACUGCGUGGCAGGUCUUGGGAGAACACCAGUGCUCGUCGCCCUGGCAUUGAUCGAAGGUGGAAUGAAAAAUGAAGAUGCAGUGCAGUUAAUAAGACAGAAGCGGCGUGGAGCCUUCAACAGCAAGCAACUCUUAUAUUUGGAGAAUUACCAUUCUAAAAUGAGGCUGCGCUUCGAACCCUCUAAUGGCCAUAGGAAUAACUGUUGCAUUCAGUAA